AUGGAGUUCGAGAAAUUGUAUGAGGCAUGGGAUAGAUUUAAGGAGAUGCUCAGAAAAUGUCAUCAACAUGACAUAGAGGAUUGUUUUCAGGUUCAACUAUUCUACAAUGGGCUUAAUGGUCCAACAAGAUCACAUAUUGAUGCCACAUCUGGAAGAACAAUUUUAUCAAAGACACUGGAGGAAGCAUUAAUCUUGUUUGAGGAUAUGGCCAUGAAUAGUUGUCAAUGGCAGAGUGAGAGAUCGACGGUUAAGAAGGUAGUUGGGGCUUUUGAAGUAUAUCAAAUAACGUCACUGAUGGUGCAGAUGUCUUCUUUGACUAAUCAGAUUAAGGGUCUCACUCAAAAUAAAGUAGCAGCAAGUAAAAAAAUAGUAAAUGUGGCACAAGCUUUUGUUCGAAUGGGUUGGUGGAUGAACAAUGCCAAUAUAAACGUUCUUCAACCACCUCAAGAGCCACCUAGACAAAUAGGGGAGAAGCCUUCACCAUCACUUGAACAGUUACUGAAGACAUACAUAGUGGACUCCAAGGCAAGGCUAGAUCAACAUGACACUCGUCUCAACAAUAUUGAAACACAUUGUACUGACAUGGGAGCAAUGAUGAAGACAUUGGAAACACAAGUUGGUCAAUUGACCAAUACUAUGAAGACUCAAAUGUCUAGAUCUUUUCCAAGUGAUACGGAGAAGAAUCCAAAAGAGUGUAAUGCAAUUACUUUGAGGAGUGGAAAAGAAUUGGAUGCUCCUACAGUUGAGAAGAAAAAGGUUGAUGAGAUCCUAAUGAAUGCUGAGAAAGAAGAAGACAAACAAAAUGAGGGGAUUCUGAAGAAAGAGCCACGGGUGGCUAAUUUGGGUUCAUUUACUUUUCCAGACAACCCACCCAAGAUUACUACUCCAUUACCAUUUCCUCAAAGAUUUCACAAGAAGGAAAUUGAUGAACAAUUUGCAAUUUUCAAUCUAAUGCCUCUCUCUAUCUUUCAGAAACUCAAUCUUGGAGAGGUCACACCAACUACUAUUUCCUUACAAUUGGCAAAUCGUUCUUUGACGUCUCCUAGAGGUAUCAUUGAAGAUGUUCUAGAAGAAGACCAAGAAAUUAUGAUAAUCUUGGGAAGAACUUUCCUAGCAAUCGGGAAAGCUUUGAUUGAUGUUCAUGAUGGUAACUUGACUCUAAGGGUGAAUGGCGAAGAAGUAAAGUUCAACAUUAGUAAUACUAUGAAGUUUCCCAAGGAGAAAGCGAAUUGUAAGAGAGUGGAUGUAGUUAAUCCAUGCUUAAGAGACUUGUUCAAGACCAUGUUUCAUAAGGAUCCUUUGGAACUAUGUUUGACAACGCCGAUUUCUAAAGAGGACCUUGGAGUGGAUUUGGGAAUGAAUGAUAUGGAGGUGGUUGAUAGUGUCUUUGCUUUAGAAGCAUUACAAGUGAAAAAGGAGGUGUCUAAGAAGGAAGAUAUAUAUAAGGCUCUAACUCUUGAUAAUAGCUUGGAGAAAAAGAAUACUACUAGUGAUGGGCUUGUUUUGAAGCAAUUAUUCGCUCAUCUUCGGUAUGCAUUUUUGGGAGAUAGAUCUACCAAUCCUAUAAUAAUUUCGGCAUCAUUGAAUGAAGAAGAUGAAAGAAAGUUGUUAGAAACUUUAAAGAGGUAUUCAUCUGCUUUCUUGGUCAAUUUCAGAUAUCAUUAG